GUUUAGCUCGAUGUUGCGCAACUUUUAUUAACGGUUACUAAGAAAUGAAAAAAUAAAUGGUUUAUUACUUGAGGGCAAACGGAAAUUAUUUGAUAUGUCGAAGCGCUUGGCGACUCGGGAAAAGGGCACCGGAGAAAAUUUGGAAGAACCCGAAUUCUGUUUUUGCGAUAGGAUUCCACCCGAACUUUUGUUGGAAAUUUUCAGUUACAUCAAGAAUAACGAACUCUGCAUAACCGUGAGGCUCGUGUCCCACAAAUGGAAGAAGUUAGCCGAACGGGUUGUAAACAAGAAUUUCCUUUUAUUGGGACCCAAGAUGAAGAAGGACAUCGCGCUGACAACCGAGGCGAUGCAACACUUACCAGACGACGUCAAAGCGAUGUGCCUGGGUCGCGAUUACCUGGAACACGUCCAGUUCGACUAUGAAAUGACAUACGCGUUGGUCUGGCGGUACGCAUUCCGGCCCGAGCCGCUCGUCUCCAUGUUCGGCGGGCAGCUGGUCGAUAUGAUAGACGAGUACAUAGACACGCCGCCGAUCAAAAGGACAAAAGUCGGCUUAAUCAACAUCCGCGUCAACGCGAGGGCCUUCCAGGACUACUUCGAGGACGUCGUUGAAAAAAGCAUCAACAAAGAUCCGUCCGUCUCCGGAGCCAAGCUGGUCGACAUUCUCGACUGCCUUCACGACAGGAUCACGCCGAUAAAGAUAAUACAGGAAAACUUCGAAGCCGAAUCAGGAAACUACAAACUCAUAUCUGUGUAUACAGUGCACGGAGCCUGGUUUUGUUCUUUGGGCAAUGAGCAGCAUAAAAUUUUCAAAAACCAUUUCCGCAACAUCGCCCACAGCCUAAGACGACUCGUCGUCAAGCGCAAUUUGUACGCGCUGUACGACUUUCAAAAGUUCAGGCAGAAAGCCAUGUUCGACGAACAUUUACUCCCGGCCAGGUCGUAUUCGUACUCGGGCUUCCAGCAUUUCGGCUGCCUCUCCUACGGGUGCAUGAACAACUCCGAAUACAUGAGCAGGUCACAAGGGGAGCUGAUCCCGGUACCGGAGGAGGACCGCGUCGAGGAGGAGCUCGACCAGGACGAAGACGGCGGGAUGCCCGAGGAGGAGCAGGAGAUCGAGGAGUUAGUGCCCGCUCUUUUUCUGGAAAUCAAAGCGAAACUCGAUUGCCCCAUUGAACUCGCCCCAAGGGCUGCUAUAAUGAAAAUACCUCGGGAGAAAUGGCAGGAUAGGAUCAAACUCAGGUCGUCGGAUAGUUUCAACCUCGAGAUCGAGGUACAUUGUAACUUCUCUGGCCCUACCAGAGUACCUAAAUUAUAUACAUGGUGCUCUAGCAAAUGAUAUCUUUGCUUAAUUAAAAAAAUGUUUUU